CUGGUAUCUCCACAGUGACCUCUAACGGUCGCAAUCAGAACAACACUCCGCCAUCUUUUUUCCUCCUCGCUACAGACUCACUGGCUGUUCCCGUUCAGAAGCUCGAAAGCAGUGUCUGUUGUAUUUAAGAGCGUGGUGUGGUUCGACGAGGCUGCACAAAAUGCCGACAAUAUCAAUUCUGAAGGUUGAGAGCCCAUCUUGCCUCUGGGGUCGGGUUGUUCAGCUUCCCGGCGGUGAUGCAGAGACCACAGACCAGUACGACAAUCUGCUGGCUCAAAUGAACCUCUUCUACCACGAUGUCACCCAGGACCUGCGCAAGCUGAAGCCCACAUCGUUAGAGGAGGGACAGGUGUGUGUGGUGUACUGGUCAGUGAUAAAAUCAUGGUGUCGAGCUGUGGUGGAGUCGAUCAUUAUGGACUCGGUGUCCUGUCAGGCUCACUGCCUCCUGGUCGACCACGGAGAACGACUCAUUGUCCCCUCAGACCAGAUCCAAGUCGCUGCGCAGAGGUUCCUCCAGCUGCCUUACUGGGUGAGGAAGUUCCACCUGGCAAGAAUCAAACCAAAAACCCUGCGAGUGUCUGUCUUUGAGGAGAAGGCCAAACUCAUACCGUCCACUCGGUGGGACAGCUCCGCUACACUCUACCUGCACAACCUGCUCCAAGCAUCGACUCUGUCAGAGGCCGUGUUGUUAGAGUCCGAGUCAGACUCCACCUCCAUUGAGCUCUACUUGACCGUACGAAACAUCAAGAUAUGUGUGAACGACGAUCUGGUGGCCAAGAAGUUUGCGUAUUACAGCGGAGAGUCAGCUGACAGCGGCGGGCUGGAAGAAGUGGACCAAUAUCCCUACAUGCUGCCUUCCAGCAUCUUAACCCAGACUGACUCAAAAAAGUCAUCAGCACAAACCCAACAGCCUCACGUGAUGUCACAAAGUCUGGGUGCAGACAGAGCAGGUGAUUGGCUGGCAGCUCCCUCUUCACCUCAGAACCCACAGCAUGAGCUGAAGACCUGUGACGAAGGCAGCAGGUCAAAGGUCACAGAUGAACACCUGUCUCCGGGCCGUCAGUCAAAGAAUGGCUCAGACGUGGCUGCUGCUGCAGAGAGUGACUCAUCAGAGGAUACAGACUCGUCUUUGGCUGCAGCUCUCACCAAAAACCUAAAUCUGUUCAGGUUCCUGAAGUUUCUGAAUCCCGCCAGCGGCUACCAGCAGGCGGCUCCCAGUGAGAGUCAGCAUGAAGAGCUAAAAGACUGUCAACCUGAAGAGUCGACUGCAGCCUCCAGCAUCUAUACAGGACAGGAAGUCAGUUCAAGUAGAUCACUGGAGUCAGGACCAACAGAGAAGACGUGGAGGGUUGAAGAGGACUGGGCCUGUUCACGCCUUUUGGAGUGGUUGAACCCGGAGCCUCUGAACCCCGACCCAGAUGCUGCAGAUGAUGUGGUUGUUCCCAGAGAUCCCAGAAAGAGUGGGAUUCUGGUGCACUCUGCCCUCCCAAUGGAGCCCUGCACUAGUUUGGACGAUGCCCCCGUCACGGAUACUCUCCGCAGGGUGUUGCGGAGGAAGCAGUACAGCUCUUUGUCUCCAGCUGACUGUUGCAGCUGGCCAGCUGUGGCUCAAGGGUUCAACACCGUCAUCGUCUCCCACAAUGCUGACCAGCCGCUCAGCUACCUUGGCCCGCUCCUCACCCACAUUCUUCUCAACACCAUCUUCACCUCCCUCACCUCCAGCGCAGGGCCUGUAGUGGUGCUGCUGUGUCCAGGCUGGGAGAAGGUUCAGGUUGUGUAUGACCUGGUGGAGGAGAUGGAGAUCACCUCAGUCCUUCACCCUUUCAUCGUGCUGCUGGGCAUCGGCAAAAACGAAGCCAAGGAUGUCAGGAUCCCCAAAAACUGCCUGCUGUUAGUGACCACUCCCUUCAGUUUGGUCCGCCUGCUGUCCUGCCACUGCUUCCUGUUCCUGCGUCUCUACCACCUCGUGCUGGAUGAGGCUGACCAGCUUUUUACUCUGGCUCCAGAUCAGAUGGCGACCAUCCUGCAGCAUUUCCAGAAGGUGACGUCCAGCGAGGAGAAGGCAUCCUGUCCUCAGCAGCUUGUAGCCGUGGCAAAAAGAUGGACCAGUCACAUGGAGGGGUUGUUAGCCAAUCACAUGCCAUACCCCUGCAUUUUCUUGACUGUCCCUGAGGAAGCUGCUCUCUAUGGUGACGUUCAGCAGAUCAUCCUCAUGACUCUGGAGAGCAGUAAGGCCUCAGUACUGUUGGGUGCGUUGGAUUUGAACCCUGAUGUCGGCCAGAAGACUCUGAUCGUAGCCAAUUCUGUUCAGGAAGCUGAAGACGUGUUCAAGGCUGUGAGCAACAAAUCAGCUUUCUGCCUCAAAACCCACGAACAGUCAACAUACCUGUUUGACUUCGUCAUCCAGCAGUGGAGAAGAGACAUCGGCCACGGCACUCACGUUAUCCUGGUGACCACCAAUGAGUGUCUAAAGUGUCUGGGAAUCAGAGAUGCGACUUGCGUUGUCCACUAUGGCUUCCCCAUUUCCCCCAAAGUGUUCGGCAGCCGACUCUUCUGCAUGGCCGAGAACUUCAGAAACCUUUCUACACGAGUUUCCGUGGACGAGGAUCAGACAGGGAGUCGUCAUCUCACCAGGUCGGUGCUGCUGAUCUCUGAGAGGAAUGCCUGUCAUGUAGUCGGGGUUCUGCGUUACCUGGAGCGAACAAAUGCUCCGCUGCCCCCUGAGCUGCUGUCCUUUGCUCAGGGCGUCCAUGUGGCCCGGGAGGACCAGAAGACCAACAAGCCUUUCUGCAGCUACCUCAAGAGCUUUGGAGUCUGCAGAGACAGCAGUGUGUGUCCUGACCGUCACAGAUUCAUCUCCCAGCUGGAUAAAUCUGAGCUUCCUGCCUCGGGAGUCAUAGAAGUGGUGCCUCUCUAUAUUAAGACAGCAUCAGUGUUCUACGGUCGUAUCGUCAGGAAGGAGGAUGGAGGUUUCCAGAGCAUGGCGUCUGAGAUGACUUCUUACUAUGCUGACAAGAAACCUGGAGCCGAGGAGAUGCUGGAGGGAGGCUUGUACGCUGUGCAGGAGGACGACGUCUUCCACAGGGUGAAGAUCCUGUCAGUCCCAGACCGUGGUGACCGGCUGUUUUUCAGCGUCUUGGUUCGGUUCAUUGAUGUGGGAAAGGAGGAGGAGGUCAAAUCCCAUCAGAUCCUGCAGCUCCCAGAGCAGUUUCACUCUCUGCCCGGCCAGGCCAUCGAGAUCAUCGUCUGCCGGGUCAAACCUGUCGACGCAGAGAUUGACUGGCACCCCAAGGUCACCAGAGCGAUCAGCCAGAAGAUCCGCGGUCUGCAGCAUCGAGCCAGAGCAGUUUUAAGUCUGGGAAACACUGUUUUUGUUGAUCCCAUGGUCCGUAUGACUCAGGUGCCAGGUACCAAAACUGUGAUCAAUGAAUACAGCGUGCAGUCAGAGAUCAUAAACUCUGGGAUGGGAGUCAGCAACCCGGAGCAUCUGGACCUGCUGAAUGUGCUCUGCCAGGAGAGCAGCAAGCAGACGAGUCACAGUUCUGGGUCAGAGGAUGGUCCAGCGUCUCUGGAGGUCAGGAUCAAAGCCGAGGAGGAAGUUCUGGCUAAAACCUUCAGAGCAGCCGAGGUCAGUCAGCUCGAUGACCUUCCUCACCUCGAGCCAUGUGAGCCACUUAGUCCAGCAUCUUCAGUGAUCCAGUCCCUGGUCCCAGCACCACCAACACCAGCAGCAGUUGAACUCCACCUGGUUCCUGUGUGUGAUCAGAACGGUCUGUUGGAUAGCCAGGCAGCUUUUGGACAGGGAAACACCCACACUGCUGAUCUGAAGUCAGCUGAGCAGAUGAUGAGGAUCGUAGAUGGAGGAGAACUGUGCCCCAUGACCAGUCAGCCUGCUCCUCUGAACCCCUGUGAAAAUGGUGUGUCUGCAGGUGACGAUCAAAGCAACAGCCUGGAGGUCAUCAGCACUAAUGAGACGGACUGUGAUGACUCCAUAAAAAGUUUCCACCCUCCGCUCCGUUGGUACCAGAUGUGCGACUCUGUGACUGUAACGGUGAAGCUGAUGAACCCGGAGAGGCAGCGCUGUGACUUCUAUCCUGACAGAGUCGUCUACAGUGGCAGAGCCAACGGUCGCACCUACAGAGCCGACCUGCAGCUUCAUGGCAACAUCGCUGCUGACCGCUGCUGCUGGGAAAUGAAGUCCAACGAGCCAGUGCUCAAGCUGGUCAAACAACAGCAGGGCCACUGGGAAAGACUCCUGAGGAACAAGAAUAUUUUCGUGAGCUAUGACAUGGAGCACUUGGAGGAAGAUGAGGGUAGAACCCCAAAUGGUCUGUGUUUCGUGGAGAACACGGGGAAGGAUUACUGGUAUGUGAACUCAGAAAGCGGCAGUGAGAGCGACUGAGGAUUACAGAAGAACGCCAAGACACAAAAAUACACCUCAACCUUUCCUCGGGUCACUUAUUAUUAUCUGAGGGUCACAACAAUAAAAUAACCUCAUCUCCCUAACACCGAAGGGAUCUGGUAAUAGAAACUUCUGCAGUGAAUUUAGUGAACAAUUCAGGACCUUGGGAUUUAAACUUUUAGGUUGAAAGUGUCUGACUCCAACGAGUUUCUUUUCCUCAAGCAUCAAGUAAGAUGCAACAUGACUAUCAAAGUUUCAUGUUACAGAAGAGUUCAGCCAAAAAUUUGUCUGGAAAACAACCUUUAAGUGCACCUACAGCACAUUACCUUUGUAAAAGUGCUCUGUUAACAUUAGAUAGCCAAUUAGCUGCUCAGCUGCAGCACAUUAAACAGCAUGUAAAUGUAGCUUCAUGUCACUUUGGUCUGUUUACAUGCUGGUGUGUUCUUUACGCUUUAACACACUCAUGUCUCUGAAGCGAGGGUCCAAGGACAAAAGGAUGUCGUAUGCUGUACUGCAGGGAUGACGUUUUUCUUAAGGCCAACAUGGAAGCUAAUGUCGCCCUGUUUCCCUGAACAAAAAGCCUGUGGGAUUUUUACAUUGGAGUUUGGAUCAUUGCAUAAAAUUAGUUCUAUGGCAAACUAACGUUUAGGAUAUUUACACAUUUUGUUCAGCGUGAUAAUCUUCACAAAUGAACACCACCUUUAUAAUUUUUGAAGCGUAAAUUAAAUCACGAGAGGUAAAAAGCUAAUGUUGGGCUACAAACGAAAUUUACGAGUGGGGUAUUUUCAGAUGUGUUUUAUCUUGUAGAACAAAAUGUGAAAGUCUCUUGAGCUAACCACAGAUCUUAAUUCAGGCAUCUAACCAAAAAACGUUUUAAAAAAACACAGACUUUGAGACAAGGGAACUGUGAGUGCUAACAUGCUGACUUAUUUUCAGGUUUUAGGACUCAUUCCUGCAUCAAUCUAUUAAAGGCCCUUGAGACAAACUUGUGAUAUUGGGCUUUAUAAACGAAAUUGGAGAAUUGACUGUCUAUUUUUUGAUCUUCUCAACAGUUGUUAAUCUGAUUGUAUUCACACAUGGCGGGUGUGUUUCUCACUCUAAGUAAGUGCAGUGUUGAGUGUGAAGGUGCCUGUCUGAGCGGUUCUUAAGACAGCUGCAAGCAGAAAUUCGACAGGGCUAGCAGUUAGCCCGUUCCACACAGGCAGCGUCUAUCAUUUUUCAGCCCAUUUUAGAUGAAGCCACGCCCACUUCUGUAUGACAAAAGCAGAGACGGUUUCCUUCCCGUGGAAAGCGCUCUCACCAGUUUUGAUCAAAGCAAUGUGUGGCACAGCAUUUGGUGAAUUUACUGUUUAUCAGACAACAAAUGAAACAAGAAUUAGCUAGCUAACACACCAUGUGCUCUCCCUCCGCCUCACUCUGUGCCAUUUGGAGACUCCUUUGCCGGGAUGAGAGAGGACGGCUUUCAGGUAGCGGCUGUAGCAACUCUGUUGGGUCUAACCUGUGUAACAGCAGCAACAGAAAGUUUGCUGAUCAGGCGGUCUGGGAUCACACUCCUGGUGCUCGGUCUUGCACUGGCUAAAUUAGAGUUGCUACAGCCUGUUGUCCAAGCUACUGCAGCCGUCAUAUUUCGUAUGUGUGAUUUCUAUGGGAAUGUUCUCGUAGAGGCUUUUGACUUUGUCAAACUAAAGUGUGCCUAGUUUCAUCUAAACUGCGCUCGUAUGAAUAAAACUGACUCACUCAUGGCUUGUAGCUACCGCGCGUCUUUUUACGUUGUCUCUUUUCAAACUUUGAGGAAUUCUUGCUGUUAACAUUAACGGACAGUCAAGUGAUGUCAAGUCAAUGUUAUUUAUAAAGCCCAAUAUUACAAAUCACAAUGUUGCUAGAGGUGGCGUUACCUUCUCUACAGAAUACGACAUCCUCUAUCAGUAGAGGCUCAGUUCGGGGAAAAUAAUAACUCCCCAAAAAUCCUUUAACAGGGAAAAAAAUGGUAGAAAAAUUGCUGUUUUUUAUUUUAUUUUAUUUUAUUUCAUCUUAAAGCACUUUGUUUUGUGACAAAUGUUAAAAUAAGUUUGUGUUUGUCAUGAGUAACUCCAAAGCCUUUUUGUAAAUUCUGUAUUUUCAGCGGUAGAACAGUCAGUUGCCAAAAUAUUCACCCUUGAGACUUUUGAAAUUAGCUCUUGUACCACGAAAUCUUAUGAAGAUUACAUGGUUUUGAUUUUUCAAGUAAACACACUGUUUGCUGUCACAUCAGAGUUACCCUGCAUUUAUGACAGAGUUUUAAGAAAUGCUUAAAAGCCUCUACCAGCUGUGCAGUUUUAGGAGUUAUAGGAGUAUCUUGUGUAUUCAACCCCAACUCCUAAUUCAGUGUGACCCAAGCUCAGUUUAUCUAUAUUAAUGUCUAUUUCCACUUUAAAGUAUGACAUAAAAAUCUCUUUCCUUUGCAAAUGCUGAGAAAACCUUGCUGCUUGCAUUUCCUCCUGAGACCUGAACUUUUGUUUGUGUGCAUUGUUAAUUUCUCCUCACUAUUUGGGAUUGGUGGGACCUGAUAAAUAUAAAAACCUAAACAAGCCCUUACUUUAUAAUUAACAGUGUCUUAACCUGUUACUGUUGCUAAAAUUUGUUGCCGUGUCAAAUUACAAACAUUAUUAAUAAGAAAUAAAUAAGUUUCAGUCAUAAAAUGUGAUCAGGUUUUAGAUCUUGUUCACUUGUGUGUCAAGAUCGGCUGCAGAUUGACUUGGCAGAGAUGGCUGCCAUCUUGUUUUUACAUGGAUUAGUGUAUUGUGUUCUCACUACCGUUAGGAAAAAAAAAAGUGUCCACGGACGAGGACAACAGGUCAGAGUUAAGCAGAAUGAAGUAUAAAGUCAAGUAAACCCAAAAUGUGAUGCCCUCAUGUGACGACAUGAGGUCUCAGGAGGAUAGGACAGCAUUCAGUGUGUGUAAAAAGUCUGAUUAAUAAUCUAAUUUUGUUUAAUUUGUGUGCGUCCUGUCAGCUGCAAACACUGAUGCUUGCUUUUGUUUUUCUUUGACAUGAGAUACACACACAUUACUUGCCAACAUUUAGGGCUUCAGUUGUCUUUUAAGGACAAAAAAGACUUUACACCUUUUUCAGUCAAUCAUUUAUUUGCCAUUUCAUUUAUUUGAAUUAUACAAGGUACAGCUGCAGUGAAACAUGAUCCCAUCAGCUCCUUUGUGCUCCGUAAUUUAGUCCUUUUUGUGUCUUCUCACAUUGUUGGCUGCUGCUUUAUAAUUGUCUUUGUUUCCUGAUGGGUCUGGUGAUCCUUGGUUUCUGGUUGGGGAAUGAUUUAACUGUCAACAAGAUGGCCCCAUGGUCGCUCCUUCCAAUCAGGGGCAGUUCCACAGUGCAGCCUCCUGGCUGAAUGAUGCUGUUCAGGAUUUAGCAACGUUUCGAUGAAUCAAAGGAUAUUACAGCCGCUGAUUUCCCAUUGGAAACUGAUGUGGCAUUCUUUUGGUCGCUACCCAGAGCUCAUGACGAUAGGUGAGGGUUGGGACGUAGAUGGAUGUGGUUCUGUUGGCUUCAUCACACUGUGACCUCCAGCAGGCACUGGGGCAGUUUGCAGCCGAGGGCGAAGCGGUUGGGAUGAGAGUCAGCACCUCCAAAUCUGAGGUCAUGGUUCUCUGCUGCAAAAGAGAGUUACUGCCUCAAUCUAGGGAGUUUAGGUAUCUCAGGGUCUUGAUCCCGAGUGAGGGUAGAAUAUAUACAGAUAUUUUCCUAAACGUUUUGGCCUCUCGUCCACACAAACUGAGUUUUAGGUCACUGAAACAGAUUUUUGAAAAAAACAAACAAAAAAAAACGCCUUCUGAGGUACAGAUUUUUAUUAUAACUUCAGUUACUUUAUAUAAGUGUGUAGGCAAAAUAGAGCAUUUGGGAAACAAUGAUGUCAUCUCCCCACUUCACACCAGAAAUAAGAUCAAUGGAGGACUACUGGUUUGUUUAUGUUUACCUCAUCGUCCGUCCACACACAAGUCACAUUUUGGUUUCGCCACACAGAAAGAUGUUAAACAAAAAGGUGUCAAAUAUGGAUAAUUAUAGAAUAAAAAUACUGACUACUAUCUUACAAUUGUUUGGUUUGUUAAUCCCACCAAAGGAAAAUAAGCUCCCUACGCCUGCUCAGAAUCUUCUUCUCUGGUGUUUGACCUAUCAUUGACGUAGCCUUCAUCACCAUCUACUGGCCCGGCAAGCGUUAGGAGUCGAUUUUGCAUUCUUGUGUGGACUGAGAUAGACUGUAAAACAAAGGUUGUCUGGACAGAUUUUUUUAGAAUUUUAUUUUAACAGAGGGGAAAAUGUCCCCUCUUUAGGGACAGGGUGAGGAGCUUAGAUAUCCGGGGGGAGAUCGGAGUAGAGCCACUGCUCCUUCCUGUUGAAAGGGAUCAGUUGAGAUGGUUCAACAUCUCAUCAGGAUCCUCCUGGGCGCUUCGCUUUAGAGGGUUUCUGAGCACGUCCAUCUAAUAGGAGACCCAGAACACACUGGAGGGUUUAUAUAUCUCAUCUGGCCUGGGAACGUCUCGGGGUCCCCAGAAGGAGCUGGGAAAUGAUCCAGGAGAGAGAUGUUUGGAAUGCCUUGCUUAGUCUGCUCUGAGUCCAUUUAGAGGGCUGAAAAGGACCAAGUGCGAAAAAAGCCUGAGUGUCUUUGUUUUUGUAAUAAUAAACUAUUUAAAUUUAUAGUCUUUUUUUAAAAUGAUGUAUAAAGUUUACUUUGAUGUUGACAGUGUGAUUUUUUUUUUUUAAUGUUAAAGGUAGUUGAGAUGAAACUUAAAAAAAAUAACAUUAAAUUGAAUUAGUUGAGACUUAAUUUGGUGGUACAAGAGUGUCAGAGGUCAAAGGGCUGAAUAUUUCUGUGACCUGCUGUAGGAGAAUAAUUACAGGCUCACAUUUGUUUUGAGCGGGUGAUGUAUGUUUAUAGUUUAGGUUAAAUAAUUGUGAUGUCGGAUGGAUCCAGCUGAGUGUUUUCAUGUGUUCAUAUCAACCCAUUUUUGGCUUCACUCAUUCCAUCAUCAUUCACUCUAUGUUUGUAAAUCCUAUUAAACAAAGGAGUUAUUUGUUUAGUUCAUUCAAACGGGGUCGGCUGUUUGUUGGCUCUCAUACGAGUCCCUUAAUUACUCUAUACUUUGAUUUAUGUUGUAAUUUUUUUACUCUUUCACUAGAGUGUAAAAAUACUUCUGCGUUCACAUGUAACCGUUGACGUAGUAAUACUGUGUAAACAAAAUGUUCUUAUGAAAUAUCAAAA